CUUUUGAGGACAACUCCAUCGUAGAUCAUUAAACCAACACUCCAAUGCAGCGAUAGAUUGACGCAAUGUAUCGACGGGCUCAGCGGAACUGAUCUUCACUACUCUUAUAAGGCAGUGAAAGCCCCAAUCCGGCUGACUUGGCGCACUUCCGCCUCCUCCGAUCCUCGAACCGCAGCCAUGGCCUCCCUGGCAUCGAUGAUUCCGCAGCUCAACCUGGGCCGGACACGCUCAUAUGUGUUCCGCCUGCCCCUGUUUACGCGCCUGAUUAUAGUUCUCAUUGUCGGCUUCUGGGUUGUCAGCAUCCAGUCGGUCUGGGAUGUACGGGCUUGGGGUUCCUUGAUACCACAGGAGACGGGUGUGGCUACAUUAUACAGGACGAAUACGUUUCCUCUCAUACAUGCCGGCCUCUUCCAUGCCUUACUGAACGUUAUUGCGCUCGUUCCGCUGUUGGAACGAUUUGAGACAGAGCAUGGGACCCUGACGUCCCUCCUAUUGUUUUUUGGACCAUUGUCAACUAUUCCAGCCAUUAUAUAUGUUGUUUUAGAGCGAGGCGUGUUGCGAGGAAAUACUGCAGUCCUUGGCGCAAGUUUAUGGGUAUUUCUACUCCUCGGGAUGGAGGCGAUCAAGACAUACCGGACGAACCCCCAUUUUAAAGUAGGGACCGUCAAUGUACCGACAUGGACAACUCCUUUGGUGCUCGCCGUUUUCAUCAGCGUCCUGGUUAAACACACGAGCUUCCUUGGCCAUCUUUGUGGCCUCGCAGUGGGGUAUCUUUUCGGUCUUGGAUACUUGAAGUUCCUCGCCCCGCCCGAGAAGAUCCUCCGAUGGGUUGAGGGGAAGAUGAACCUCCUUGGGCGCCUGCCACACUAUGUUUCUGUUGAUCAGAAGACAUACGGGAGAUUCGGCGUCCUUCCGGUCUCCACACCUGACCCAGAAUCUGGAAUCCAGAUGAGCUACUUGGGGAGCACGCAGCGAUUAGGUCCUUAGGCAUCGGUUCCCUUGUUUUUCAGAGGGUAAAUCGGUUGUAUGAUAUGAUUGUGUGGGUGUAUAUAAUGGGGGAGGUGUCGGGGCAGUUUUGUCCCAAAGGGCGAUAUAAAACGUAUGGCAAGUAUAAUAAUAAAGAUAUUUAUUCGCUUUUUCUUGUGCUUAAUUCCUUAUUAUCCAACUUCUCGGUGCUCGUGCCGCCUAGAAGUCUGAAGAGGGGCUGUAUAUAACAAUGGCCUCCUGUAAAGCCCCGUAGCCACGUAGUAUGAUAACCGAAGCUAAAAUGACCAACAGACGCUGUCUACAUGUAAAGUUUUAUGGGUCUUCACAUUAUAUAUUUCACUGCACAAUCCCUACCUAUGGAGACUUUCGGUGACGCGAGAAGUAUCAACUGUUGGAAGCUAUUCGGUGACGGGGGAUCGAACAAUCGUCGGUGGCUUGCGGGAUAACCGAAGCUAAAAUGACCAACAGACGCUGUCUACGUACAUGUAAAGUUUUAUGGGUCUUCACAA